AUUUGUGUCUAAUCGGAGCCCCACGAGCGGCUACGUCAAACAAAGACGGGACAUGCGCAAAGUUGGCCCCACGGGCGUGUUCUCUGGAGCGCCUUUCUGUCUGCCCAGUGGACGGCUCAGGCACGGCCGACAAACAAGGACGGGACAUGGAAGAUGCGCAAAGUUGGCCCUACGGCCGUGCCGCACGCUCAAUAAGCUGCGCUUUCUCUCGGGAGCGCUUUUCUGUCUGCCCAGUGGACGGCUCAGACUCGCCGACCACAUAUUCGAGUGAAAGUGCGGAUGAGAUUCAUCUGAAAAGAGUAGACGUUUCCAGCGGAGAGCCGUAGACACGGACAGAACCAGUCGAUGGAGACUUUCUUGAACGUUCCCCAUUUACGAGCCGCUGCGUGCUUCCGCGCUUGUGUAUGUUGGAGCUCACUCGACUUCCUGUCUGAGUUGGCAGAGAUGCAGAUUGAAAACAGACGCUCUUUCUCUCGCCCGCUCGCUCGCUCGCUCUCUUUUUCCUUCCCUUCGCCUGCUUGUCCAUUCGCAGAGCGAGUCAGUUUGUUUCCAGUCAAGCGGUGGGAAGGAAAAAGCGUCGGGAAGAGAAGGAACGCUGCCGACCGACCCAAGGCGCACAAGGUCGAUGAUCGCUUUGGCCUCAUCCCGUCCUCCCCAAAGUCACAUGGCCGACUGAGGAGCCGGAGUAACUAUGGCAUCCGUGGGAGUACCAGAAGCAAGUCUGAAACGACUGCACUUCCUCUUGGGUGUGCUCCUGGUUCUCCCAAAAGGGGCUGUCAAUCUGGAGCUGGUUCCUCUGGCCUCCCAAGUUCUGCUGCAGCCUCAUGCCAACUUCACUGUGGUGUGCUCCGGAUGGAGCCAGGUGUCGUGGCGCUUACCGUGGCAGGAAUCUCAGCAGGACACGGUUGUGGUGGAAAAGGAGGGAUCCCGCAGCGUCCUGCGCCUUUUCAACGUCACCUGGAAGGAUUCUGGCAGAUACGCCUGCGAGGAGCCGGCGUCCCAUCAGAUCAGAGAGAUGGACGUCUUUGUACCCGGACAAGGUCCGGAUCAGUGGUUUGUUCCGCUCGGCCCGAGUGUGGUGAUGAAGGACAAGGAGGAGGACACCAUCCCUUGCGUGGUGUCCGACCCGCUUCUGAACGUCAGCCUCUACCGACGCGGCGGCGAGGAGCAAACGCCGACCUUCGGACUGAAGUACGAGCCGGGCCGCGGCUUCACGGGACGCCUGAACGACUCGUCCUACGUGUGCGUGGCCUCCGACGGUGCCGAGGAAACUCACUCGCAGGUCUACUAUGUCUUCAGCGUGGUGGUUGCCAAGGAGCUGCAGGUGGACUUGACGGCGUCCGGCAGCGUGUUGAAGCGCGGACAGCGGCUGGUGGUCAACUGCACCGUCCAAGGCAGCGACAUGGUUUACUUCUCUUGGACCUUGCCCCGCAGAGAGGAAAUUGAGCCGCUGACAGAAUUUGGGCCCAAUCAAAUCCGUUCCUUCGUGGACAUCCCCUCUAUAACUCUGGCAGACUCGGGUGUGUAUGUGUGCGCCGUUCAGGAAACCCUGCAGGGGGGGCGUGUGGAAAAGAGCAUCGCAGUGAACGUACUGGAUCGUGGUUACGUUUCUGCGCGGGCGACGCAUGACACAAAUGUGUCUGUGCUGGUCGGACACACGGUGGCGCUGCGGGUGGAAGUGGACGCCCACCCUCCGCCCACGGUGGUGUGGCACAAAGACAACCGCAGCGUCGUCGUCCUCAUGGGUACAACUGUCGAGUCUGUCACGCGUGUGACGGACGGCAGAUACGUGAGCACGUUGAGCUUGGCGAGGGUCCGCUUGGAGCAAACGGGAAGUUACGCAGCCAGGAUCUACAACGAAGAUGACCAGGAGGAGGUGUUCUUCUACCUGCAAGUUCAAGCGCCCCCGAGGAUCACGUCACUGACAGAGACGGGCACUCGGGCCACGUUGUGCGUCUGCGAAGGAGCUCCGCCCCCUUUUGUCACCUGGUACACGUGCCACAGUGCACGCGGAUGCGCUAACGGGACAGGGAGCUGGACUAGCCAAUCGGGUGCUUCGGAGGGCGUGCUCCUGCAGGUGAACGUCAGCGCCCUGGCAGAUGGAGGCCUAACCCAGGUGCGCAGCCUCCUGAGCCUGGACACCGCCGCUGCCGCCACUUUGACCGCCGUCCGAUGCGAGGCCUCAAACUCCGCGGGACGACGAGCCAGAGACCUCAGACUGACGUCCACUUCUCUCUUGUCUCAGGUGGCCAUGCUGGCGCUGGUUCUGGUUCUGGUGGUCAUUGCCAUCAUCUUUCUGGUCAUCCUCAUCAUCCUGUGGAGAAAGAAACCUCGCUACCAAGUCCACUGGAAGCUGAUCGAUUCCGUCAGUCCCGACGGACUGGAGUACACCUACCUGGACGCCGGCCAGCUGCCCUACCAUCCUUCCUGGGAAAUACCCAGGGACAACAUCGAGCUAGGCCAGGUGCUGGGUUCGGGAGCUUUCGGCCGAGUAGUGGAAGCCCAGGUGUUGGGUCUGCUCCGGGACCAGACGACCACCACCAGAGUGGCUGUCAAGAUGGUCAAACCCAACAGCGCCGCAAGUGGGUCGUUGUUGUCCGAGCUGAAGGUUUUGUGUCAUCUGGGUCCUCACCUGAACAUCGUCAACCUGCUCGGAGCGUGCACAUCAGGAGGUCCCGUCUACGUCCUCACUGAGUUUUGUUGCCACGGAGACCUGACCACCUACCUGCGAUGCCGCAAGCAGACUUUUGUGCACGCCAAUGCGAGCGCUAAGAGAGAGGCAGACGCCGGUUACAUGGACAUGAGCGAGCGGGAGGGCGCAGCCGUGGUUAGCCACCACGAGAGGGCGGCGGCUGACCAGCAGGAGGCAUUGUCGUCAUCGUCACAACCGCUUCUCAGCGACUCUACCGUCCUGGGCGUGAGUGACCUCCACAGCUUCUCUUUCCAGGUCGCCAGCGCCAUGAACUUCCUGUCAUCACGCAACUGCGUGCACAGAGACCUGGCAGCCCGCAACGUCCUGGUAUGCGAGGAGCGGUUGGUGAAGGUGGGCGACUUUGCCCUGGCUCGAGAUCUGCUCAAGGAUCGGGACUACGUGGCCCGAGGAAACGCCUUGCUGCCGCUCAAGUGGAUGUCCCCGGAGAGUAUUUUCCAAAGCGUUUACUCCUCCAAGAGUGACGUGUGGUCCUACGGCGUUCUGCUCUGGGAGAUCUUCUCUUUGGGUGAAAGUCCGUAUUCGGAGCUCCCCGCGACGCAGCAACUGUACGGCGCCCUGAAGCGAGGACACCGCUUGGCGCAGCCGCAGCACGCCGACUCCAACAUCUACGGCAUGAUGCAAGCGUGCUGGAGCCAGCGUCCCGGUGACAGGCCGUCGUUUUCGUCGUUGGCGGCGUCCUUGGACGCCGUGUUGACGGACGAGUGCAGAAAGACGUACGCCAGGCUGACGGAAAGCUUCCUGACGGGCCAGCAUCCGGCCGCGGUCCGAUCCCGACUGAUGUCGGCGGCCGUCGACGGAAGUAAGGUCCCUGAGGCGACGGUUCACCUGUUGGAGGCGGGAACUUCCCACGGUGACUACGUCCUUCCAGUCAAGGUGGAGCCACGCGGCGGCGACACUGCGCCGGACGCAGACAGAGCUGAGGCUGCGCAGGAAGUGACACCAGAAAGACAAGCGGAAAGCUGCCUUUGAGAAGCAGCACCAAAACAAUCUUGUAACCGAUUUGCUAUGGCGACGCGACGCUGCUGUCCAACUUUUAGCUUUGCUCAGCUUGAAUUAAAAAGCAAUCGACUUGG